AUGGAUCCCAGACGGUCGCCAGCUCUCUACAACCACAACCACAACCACAACCGCCAUCACCGACCGCAUUUUCCCCUGCCGCCCUCGAACUCGGCAUCGACUUCGUCAUCAGCAGCACCGCCGCCAGCCUCGCAUCGCAUCGCCAGCCCUGCUUAUGCCCACCAGCGCCGCACCUCGGACGCGCCCUACCGCCCUUCGCACGUCCGCGACUAUCCCGAGCCCAGCCAUUCGCGUGCCCAGAGCGCCUCGUCGCUGCCCACCGCUCGCGAGCUGAGUCGCAACAUGCCGCCGCCCACGUCGCCUCCCCAGCAGCCGGGGCAGCAGCAGCAUCAGCAGCAGCAUCCCAUGUCGCAGCAUCACCAACAACCUCACCCGCCGCCGCCUCAUGCCAUGACCUACGGGCCACCGCCACCACGGCCUCCCCCCGUGGCCGUCGGUCCACCCAGCGCCUUUCCUUCAGGUCCGUCUGGCGGCAGCUCCAUGUCCAUUUCGUCCAUGCUCGGUGGCCCGCCACCAGCUUCGCGAGAUGCUCAACCUCCCUCGACUGCGCAGCAAUACUCAUCGCACUCGGCCCCGACAUCCGCCUCGACCUCUGGCCCUGGCUUUGCAGCAUCUAUCCAGGCCUCGCCUCGAAUGCACUCUGCAUCGUCCGAGUACCCUCCGUUUCGACGACCUCAAACCCCCGAGCUUCAACGACCGUACGACCCUCGAGCUGGCACCGCGCCCUCCCCUCGAGGCCCCUACGCCACGACCCCCGACGUACAACGGUACGGCACGCCGCAGCAGCAGCAGCCACCCUAUCACUCGCGACACCCCUCGAGCUCGACCGACCCUUCACGAGAUGCACCAAGACUGCCUACAGCACCACCGCCUCCUGGUCAAAAUAAUGCUCAGUCGAGGCCGUACGGUGGCAUGGCGCCCCGGCCGAUGGAAGUCGGGAGGGUGCCGGGCCCGGAGGAUGCUUACGGUCGUCGGGAGGAAGUCACGCGGUCAGCAGCGGGUCUGGAUUACGGUGAGAGGACUGGCCUGAGGCCUUAUCCGUACGAUGAUCGCUACAGAGCAGAAAGGGAAAGGCAAAACGCAAUCGAGCUAGAGCAGCAGCAGCAGCAGCAGCAGCAGCAGCAACAGCAACAACGCCAGCAGCAGCAGCAGCGAGAACGAGAAGGGAGGGAGCGAGCAUAUUCUGGUGGCGACCCGAACCGACAUCCGCUGCCCCCGCAUGACCAGGCGCAUCGCGAACCCCCGGUACAUCAAUCUGCCCCCUACGGCGCACCCCCUGCCGAGCUCCUCGACCGGCGCGAUCCUCGAGACCCUCGCUGGGGACGGCCGGAAACCGAGGCGAGCUAUAGGCCCGCGCCCAUGGACCACCAGCGGCCACACCCAGACUAUCCUCCUGUCUCUGGACCCUAUGCGCCUCAUGGCUCUUCAGCGUAUCCGACAGCACCUCCCGAGAGAUUCCCUCCAACCUCCCAUCCAGCGUAUCCUCAGAGCGCAACUGGCGCUGCUGGCCCACCUCAGCCUCACGAGUCACCAGAUAGAGCCCGAAUGGAGCUUCACCACGCUCAGCAGCAGCAGCAACAGCAGCAACAACAACAACAACAGCAGCAGCAGCAGCAGCAGCCUAGGCCUCGACCUCUUGAUGAUGUGCCUCCACCUCAUUCGUCGGCGCCUUUUGGUGGUGCCGUCGGACACCAUCAGUUUGACCCAGCGCGAAACAGAAAUGUUGACGACCCAUCUGGACCUGGUAUUCACCAGCGCAACCUACUGGCCAUCCAGGAGAUUAACCGCAAAGGACGCGUAUCCCCGCUCCCCCAGGCCGUCCAGGGUGCGCAGCCUCAGCAGCCAGGCCCUGCCGCAGAACCAGGCAUUAAGAGCGAGUUUGGUCGCAUGUUUGCGGGCAUAGGCAGCGGCGUGAGCUUGGGCGGCCUGUCCAGCCCCGUCACCUCGGCCCCGGUGCCGUACGUCAACGCCGCGCUGGCCAAACGAGACGAGAUGGACAGCCAAGGUCCGGAUGCCGGACCAGACGGUGCGACCAAGGGUGCAAGGGGUAGAAGACGGAAGCAUAAUACGGACGAGAGCCGUGAUGAUGAGAGUUCAGGCAGAUUGACGCCGGUAGGACGUGGCACAAAGCGUGCGAGGGGCCACGGCCACCACCACCAUCAUCACCACCAUCACCAUCACCACCACGCACCCGAAGGCACCGCCUCUCCCACAGUUGCAGUAACCACGUUCAAGAAUUUCAAGGGCGCUACUCCGAUGGAAUCACCGACCGAAAAGAUGCCGAACGCUGCGCAUCAUCACCAUCAUCACCACCAUGCGCCGCGACCCGCGCAACCGGCCCAGGUCCCGAAAUCUGCCCAGAGUCCCCCGACCGCGAUCCCACCCAAACCGCGAACCAUUGUAUCCUCCAAGGCUGUCUUGGAGCAAGUUGCUGGCCAUCCCCGCCACCACUUGGGCGACUUCAUCUACCAACCAGACCUGAAGGCGGGAAGGCUACUCCCCAAUACUCCCACACACCGCGGUUUCUCGUCAAAUCCGAAGCCGCUGCCACUCGAGUUGAUCAAGGGCAAAGAAAACUGCACCCUGACUGUCAAAGUGUCACGCGUUCACCUAUCUUCGGUCGCUCGAGAGGAGAUUACCGCCAGGGCAUUCCUUUGGGGCACAGAUGUCUACACCGACGACUCGGACGUAGUUGCGGCAUGCAUUCACGGAGGAUGGAUCAAGGGAGAAUGGACUGAGGAUGUCGAUACGUCUCUGCUGGAUCUGGAGCAAGGUCUCAAUGGCGAAACGAAGCGGCGAAAGGUUAAGAACCAGGAAAACGAGCCCGCCAAUGCCACGUCUGAAGGACUCAUCACCGCCCCUCCCGUCGCGGGCCCGAUGCCCAUCCCUGCCGAGCGCGACCUGCACGUGAAUGUUUUGAUACUGCCUCGACUCGUCAAAUACGCCCCAUCCACGCGAUACGGAAUUACUAGCCGCGAGUUUGGUGGAGAAUACGGAUCACGGCACGCCGUCCACGAUGGCCUGAGCUACAUGGUCAAGAGCAUCCGCUGGGUGCAAAAUGGAGCCCAGCCGCAGGCCAGACUUCGCGGAAAGGGUCGACGAGAGCGCAUGAGGGAGCAGGCGGCCAACUAUGUGAUGAUUACAGGAUUGGGCAAGGCUGACAUUUUGGAGGGCAAACCCAGUCUCGGCAGCGAGAUCUCCGGCAACUGGGGGAAGAGAAAGAAUGGUGAUGAAAUUCCCGAGGCUAAGCGCCGACACAGUGAAGGAGACAAGGAGAAUCAGCCCGACGAAAAGAUGAGCGACACCCACUCUCAAGGGCACGACCAGGAUAAGGAUGUUGAAAUGCGAGACAUGGGAAAUGAAGAAAAGGUGGUAACGGCUGAGGAAAAGUAA